AUGUCCGCGGACCUCUUUGCAGAGUUUGGAUCUUCAUCCAAUUCGAGUGCACCUCCGAACCAGCAGGCAAAGCAGCCAGGGAGCCAGGGAGCACCGGCAUUCAGCUUUUUCGACGAUUUUGCGGCACCACCAGCCCCAUCACAGGCGACACAUCAGUCCGCAGCACCUACCACACACCCGCAACAAGACGAUGGCGACAACGACGACUGGGGUGACUUUGAAGGCAGUGCUUCGUCUUUUGAACCACCUCCACUGGUAAAGCAGGAUUCCUUCGCAUUCGUAGCUUCCCAAGCCACCAGAGCACGUGCGCCGACAUUGCCACCAACAUUGGAAAAUGAUGAUUUUUUUCCCUCUUCUACACCACAGCCUGCACAGACAACAUGGCAGAGAGCACCUGUUGUGAAAGCGAAGAGGUCCACGGACCCUAGCGUCUUGUUCGAUGCAGAAGAUGACUUUGGUGAAGACGACUUUGGAGAUUUCGAGGAACCGGAAGCAUCUGAAACACAGUCCAACACUGCACAGAUAGCUUCCGUCGGAAUCGCGGAUUUACUCGGAGAUCUGGAUCUGUCCCAACCGGCGGCUCUAUCUAGCAAGCAACAACAUGCUGCGAGCCACAAAGCAUCAGCAUUGACCUCUUUGAAAGGUCCUGCUGGCGGAUUUGGCUCGGUAACCCCCAGUCAGCGUUCAAGAGCUACGCCUACCCCUCCAGCAUCGAAAGAGGAAGAAUCGUGGGACACAUUCGACGACUGGGAAGCAUCUAUACCCACUAAAGCACCUGCAAAGACUUCCGCAAGACCGCCCCAGAAGAGUAAAGACAUCACUGUGAGGCCCAAAUCUGGUCCUUCACCAGCACCCAUCUUAUCGCCGACAUUCGACGAUCCGCAAGCUGGAGAGCUCCCACCUACGAAUGUACCACCGCCAGCCGUAUUACUUACGCUGUUUCCUCUUCUCUUUGCUGAUGCUCAAGAGAAACUCUUCAAGCCCAUGGCAGCACAAACGCUUCCGAUGCGCAACAAGGUGCUAGCGGAGCCAGCCACAAUCACCUACCUGCAGGGCUACAUGAUGCUAGGCUCGGUCGCAGCACAUAUCAUAGCCGGGCGCAAGCUCCGGUGGAAGCGAGACCAGCAUCUCUCGCAGGGAAUGCGCAUAGGUCCCGCAUCGUCCCGCGCCACGUCGGGCAUGAAGCUCUCCAGCAUCGACAAGAGCGAAAACAUGAAGGAGGAACGGGAAGCAUCGGACGUGGUGCGAGUGUGGAAAGAUCAGGUAGGCAGGCUACGGCAUGUUGUCUCAGCCGCAAACCAGAUCAGAGCGGGCUCGCUGGGCGCUGUGCCAGAUAUUCAGGAAACGAUGCCUGUCAAGGUGCUGAAACAGGGCGAGGGUGGUGUCCCCGCAAAAGAGCCUUGCAUGUUGUGCGGGCUGAAGAGAGACGAGCGGGUUGGAGCUGUAGAUCAGGGCGUCGAGGACAGCUUUGGGGAGUGGUGGGUUGAUCAGGUCAACAUGCAUCGUAGUGCUGACUUUGGGCAGGCUGUCGGAACUUCUGGGGCGAACAUCGAGACCGCCUGA